GCCUGUCGUCAGUUAGUUGAUUUUAGACAUUUUUGCGGCACGGACGUAUGCGGCGCAACUGCGGGCGACUGCGAAUAGCAACAGUGACACGGACACGGCUACGGUUACGGGCGAGCGAACGGCUAAUACGGUUGACAUUACAGUGCGCUCGGCGCUCGGUGCGGUUAGUGCUCUUGCCACAGAUUCGAGUUACGGUUGCGUUACGGUUUAGCAAUUGAAAUUCAUUAGGUGACCGCAGAACGCGCAGCGCAACGCACGUUGGCCAAACAGCGCCAGCAAAAUGCAAAAUAAAGCAAAUGAAAAACAAUCGCGUUGAGCUUAAGCCGCCCGCUUAAGACUGACAUUGGACCUACGAAUAGGCAGCAGCAAUUAACCAUGGGCGACCUACAGGCCACCAUCGAAUUCUCCGUCGAGCUGCACAAAUUCUUCAAUGUGGAUCUCUUUCAACGCGGACUUUAUCAGGUGCGCUGUGGACUGCGCGUCUCCCCACGCCUACCCGUGCAGGUGGAGACGACCAUACCCGAGCCGACUGCCGGUAAGACAACUGCGAAUGGGCAUGGCGCCAGCGUGGAGCAAUCCAGCGAUAGCGAACGCGAGCAAGGCACGCCAGAGAGUACGUCCGUAACGCCUGGCGGCGGCAGCAGCAGCAACAACGGCAGCGGCAGCUGCACUUCCGCAAGCAUUAUCAAUGGCUGCGGCGCCACACGCAUCUUUCAGAUACUUUAUCGCAACGAGGAGGUGCCGCUGCGCGAUAUCAUACACUUUCGCAGUCAUCUGUUGGUUGAUAGCCGUCACCUGAAGGAAUCCAUUGAGCGCGCCGAGUUCUCACUGCAGCUAGAGCUUUGGUUUGGCGAACAGAAUGGCAGCAGCAGCAAUCUGGCGUUGGCCUCCACACGCCAGCUGCAGCUCAAUUUUCAUCCGGGACGCGGCCUGCAUUAUCAUCUGCCCGUGCUAUUUGACUACUUCCACUUGGCGGCCAUCAGUGUGACCAUUCAUGCCAGUCUGGUGGCGCUGCACCAGCCAUACAUCAAGAAAAGCAUGUUCUCAUAUAUCAAGUUAUGCGCGCCGCGCAGUUCGAAGCCUUGGAGCGCUAGCAAGCUAAGCUGUCGUGGCAAUACCUCACCCGGUCCACUGGAGGCGGUGUUCUUUGGUCCGCAAAUAGGCGGCACUACCAAGUGCAGCGGUGGACCCACUGGACGUCUGCUGCAGUCCAGGCAAAUACACAGAGACAUCUGUUGCCUGCUGCUUGGCGCCAUUGAGCAGCUUAAGGCUACACUGAAUGAAUUCAGCGCUGUGCUCUCGCCCAGCAUUAAUUCCCAGAUAGGUUCGCCGCCACUGCGUGAGAAUGAUACGGCGGAGCGACUGCAGCAGCUGCUGGAGCAGGCCAAGGAUGAACGCAAUAGCGAGGACUUUGCCACCAUAGCCAACUCGGACAUUGCCCAACUCUGCGCCGAGAGCAUCUUCUGGUGGCGACGCGUGCUGCUUGCCUCACGCUCCUCCACAGCAGUGCACACGCUGCUCUCACGCAAGCAUCACAUACUGCGUGUGCGUCGCUUUGCCGAAGGUUUCUUUGUGCAGGAGCAGCCGCGCCAUGCAGCUACCGGUUGCCAGGAUGGCAGUAGUCCUGCGCAUUGCCAAGGCUAUAUGGCCAUAGCGGAGCUGGCGCGUCGUAGUCGUUAUUUGCAAUCUUUGCCGCCGCUGCCCGUGCACUGCACGCCCAUUGAUGGCGAUGCGGCCUCGUUGCCGCUCAUCUUUGAGGAUCGCUAUGUGGUGCCGGGUGCAGGCUAUCAGCGACGUCGCUCUGGUAGUGAUCCACAGCUGGAGGAGAACUCUGUGUCGAGCAAAAAGAAGGAGAAGACGCACUCCAGCAACAGUCUGAAUGGCAACAAGGAUUGCCUGGCCUGUCACUACGACUACGAUUAUCCUCCAGCCAGCAAUGGCAACGGCAAUGCUACAGCGCAUCCACAUGCCCAGUGCGUGGUUACGCCACGCUUUGCGCUGGGCGGCGAGGUGCUGCAGGCUAGUCUGACCAUAGUGCCCAGCGGCAAAGACGUAAUGCGUCAUAAUCUGUCCAGGCAUUCGGUUACCGGUCUGCUGGAGGAUUUAGAUGUGCAAAACAGUGAAGUGGCCACGCUGCCCACGCGACACAGCAAGUCGCUGGAUCAGCUAGACGGCUGCCAGGUAACAGUGGCGUCCACAGCAACUGCCACCACAGCCAGCACGCCAAUGUUGGAGCCACCGCUCAGUUAUAAUACGCUGCCCGCCGGACUAGCGCGUCUGCAGGCGGAUGAUCUCAUGCGCAACAUUUGCGAGCUGCGCCAGCGUUAUGGACACCACAGCAAGUUUGACUAUCUGAACGAGAUCAAGCUGUUGAAUCCGCCCAAGCAGCAGCAAUCGUCGCAGUCCGCUUACAAUUCGCUGCCCAAGAGCAUGGUGCCGCCAAGAAACUCAUAUCCGCCGCCGCCGCCUGGCCAGUACACCACCAUGCCCCGCAGCAGCAGCUCCCAGAUACCACGCGCAGUGGAAAUUGCUCGCGUGCGUGUGUCCGACAUUAAGGAGAUGCUGCGGCAGGGUCAGGGCACGCUGCGCAAAGAGUCCAGCAGCUCGGAAAGCGAUUUGCUGCAAAAGCUGCAGCUGCUCAGCUCCAGCAGCGUGCCUUUCCGUCUGGACGCUGCGAUCAGCGGCAACACCAAUACGGCCAACAGCAACAACAACACCAACAGCAGUGAUCCCAACACCAGCGGUUUCAGUGAAUCUCUGCCCAAUCUAGCGCCGCCGCCAGAGUUUGAUACCGAUGUGCGCCGUCAACGCAGCAACUCCACGUCCUCGCUAAGCGAGGAGAGCGGCUGGGUUAGCAGUCGGCGCAGCUCACUGGCCGUCAGCAGUCCGGACACCAUAACCAGCACUGGUCAACAGCAGAAACAGCGUCACACGCAGCUUAAUAUAGGCAUGGGCUUGGGCCUGGAGACGCGCCUCAAUGGCGAGCAACUGCGUCUGCGGCUGCAGAAGCUGCUGGAGCAACAACAACAGCAGCCUGCUAAGCCACACCGCAAGCGCCAGUCGGCGGGCAACAGUCAAAGUCGCACGCCUGCGCGGCAGCAGGAGCCGACCAAGGAUAAGGAGGAUAAGCUGCACAAGAAGAUCUCUUCGGUCACUUUGACCAUCAAGCGGGAACGCUCGCGUUUUCAACUAGAUCGCCUGCGUCAUCUGCACAACGGCGAGUCCACUGAAGUGGAGGACUUGGAGCGCCCACCGCCGCGUCGCAAUCGCCACAAGAACGCCGCCAAAAACGAAAAGUCCAAGUCAGAGUUUGACAUUAGCAGCCUGAAGGACUUGCAGCCUUUGGAUGCAGUUUGUCUGCCGCCGCCGCAGCAGUUUCAAGAUCAGGAGCAGCUUGAGGAAAUUGUUGCAGUGGUAGCGCCACCGCCGCCUGAUGAAUUUCGCGAUCCACCACCGGAACCGGCGCCCACAGCGCCCAUACCCACUGCAACGCUCAACAAAAGUAAGUCCAAGACGCUGCCCUGUCAGUUAAACCACGCGCAGCCGCCGCCGCCGCUCAAGGAACGCCAGCCCAUAGGCGCCAUAGACAAUCCUGUUUAUCACAUUUACGAGUCACUGCGUCCCAUGUCCACGCCCGCCAUCUUUAGCAACAAGCCCGUCUUGAAGUCACACAGCCUGGCCGAGCUCAAGCGUCCACUGCAGCAGCCAUGCAAACUGGAGAACGGACUGCACAGCGAGCCCGAUGAGAACAAAGAGAACGCCAUUGCGCCCACUCGCGCCAAGUCGUCCAAUGGCUCGUUGGCCAAGCACAAGCGCAAGGCAACAGUGAAUGGCAACCAGGAGGCCAGUCCCAGCAUCUCGCUGCUGGAGUUUGAAAAGUGCCGCGAGGAGUUUCGCAAGCAGAUCAAGUACCAGGGCAACAUCUACUCCGACUAUGUGCAGCUGGCCUCGGAGCUGCCCUAUUUCUAUAUAAGCGAUGAGUAUCGCGCCUUCUCGCCCAACGGCAUGCACUUGGUCAUUUGUGUGCAUGGACUCGAUGGCAACUCGGCGGAUCUGCGGCUGGUGCGCACUUAUCUGGAGCUAGGCUUGCCUGGUGUCAAUCUGGAGUUUCUCAUGUCGGAACGCAAUCAGGGCGAUACGUUCUCGGACUUUGACACCAUGACUGAUCGGCUGGUGUCCGAAAUUCUCUACCAUAUCGACAGCUGUGCUCUGAAUCCCGCGCGCAUUUCCUUUGUGGCGCACUCCUUGGGCACAAUCAUUGUACGCAGCGCCUUGGCACGUCCACAGAUGCGUCCACUGCUACCGCGACUGCAUACGUUUCUCUCGCUCUCAGGACCGCAUCUGGGCACGCUCUACAACACCAGCGGACUGGUUAACAUGGGCAUGUGGUUCAUGCAGAAGUGGAAAAAAUCGGGCUCGCUGUUGCAGCUCUGCAUGCGGGAUACGACAGACAUGCGGAACAGCUUUCUUUAUCGUCUCAGCCAGCGCAGCAACAUGCAUCAUUUUAGCAAUAUACUGCUCUGUGGCUCUAGCCAGGAUCGUUAUGUGCCCGCGCACUCAGCGCGCCUGGAACUAUGCAAAGCAGCCAUGCGGGAUAGCUCUGCCCUAGGCACUAUCUACAGAGAAAUGGUGCACAACGUCAUUGCGCCCAUACUAGCCAAGCCGGAAUUGACUUUGUCACGCUUCGAUGUGCAUCAUGCGCUGCCGCAUACAGCGAAUACACUUAUUGGACGCGCAGCGCACAUAGCGGUACUUGACUCGGAGCUCUUUAUAGAGAAGUUUAUGCUGAUUGCUGGUCUCAAAUAUUUCAGCUAACAUGUUUGCCAUGUUAGCCGACAUUUAUAGCUCUAAGUCCUGGUGAAGAUUACUCAUAUUUUAAUGUUAUUUAAUGUGUAACAAGAAAUUGUUUAGGUUCUGCAUACAGGGUAUAGUACUGUUGAGACACACAAGUUUCUUUAUGGAAUUCCGCUGGAUUACAGUUGGAAUAAGGAAUUUAUUGAAAGAAAUUGUUAGACUUGAAUUUUUUUACCAAAGGCAACUCUUUUGUAGAGUUAGUGAAUUUAGUACGUGCAUCAAUUAAUCAAAACCAAAGAAUGUUUAAUCAAAACACACAAAACUAUAACCAAAGCGACAUAACUGUUAAAAACGUGUUAUCCGAUUUGCAAAAGAAAUUAGUAUGUUUACCAGAUAAGAGUUGACAAAACGAACGUAAGCCAAAGAUAAGUAGCCUAAAACUAAGUUAAAACUAUAUAUACUACUAUAACUACUCACGAGACUUUAUUGUAAACGGUUGAAUUGGCAAAGGCAUUGCAUUAGGCAAGAUCAUAUUAUGAUCAGGUUUAUACGUACUACUACUUACUAACGGUAGCUGAGCACACACGCAUACAAGUUUGCAUUUCUAUGAGAUGAGCAAUGAAGUGGUUUUUUGUGAGACUUAACUAAACAACCCAAUGGAAUUUUUCCACAUAUUUAUACUGCUAAAAACAAAAACACAAAUGGUAGAGGUACUAGCUGUAGUCUAAUCUUAUAUACUGAAGUCAAAAUGCAUUUGUGGAGCGCGCGUCAAUUAAGCUGGAUAUUAUACGAGUGUUAGCCUGGUUUAGCGCCUACGAGAAUUUUUUCAAUUGGGAACAACAAGUUUAGUAGAAUGAAUCGAUUGUAGAGCAGUUAGGUCAAACUUUGAAAAUUUGUAGUCUAGUCGUAGCCAAUAAACAUAGUUAUUUAUGUCUUUUCAGAGCUUUUUCAAACUCUAGUUGUAUACCAUUUUAGCUUCUACCCCUGAAUUGCCUACAUACAUAUACAAACCAGUACUUGCAUUGUAAACGUAUAGGUAUAACCGUCCUAUAAAUGUUAAUCUAUGUGUAUCAACUUGCUAACUAUUUGUUUUUAACGAAAGAAAAUUAAUAUUUAAGAACUAUGUUGGCUGUUUCUUAGAGCCAUCUGUUUUUACUAAGUGUACUCGGAUCAAACUCAUGCCAAUAACCCUAAGUUGCAAUUUAAAAGUUUUUCAUUUCAAUAA